AUGUCUCUAAUGGACAAACACAAAGUGAAGCGGCAACGUCUGGAUCGCAUAUUUGAAGGCAUUCGACCUCCGAUCAUGAAUGGGCCCAUGCACCCGCGCCCUUUGGUAGCAUUGCUGGAUGGCAGGGAUUGUACAGUAGAAAUGCCUAUUCUGAAGGAUGUAGCCACAGUGGCAUUUUGUGAUGCUCAGUCUACACAAGAAAUUCACGAAAAGGUACUAAAUGAAGCAGUGGGUGCACUGAUGUAUCACACUAUCACUUUAACACGAGAAGACCUGGAGAAAUUUAAAGCACUUCGAAUAAUUGUCCGAAUUGGCAGUGGUUUUGAUAAUAUUGACAUCAAAUCUGCUGGAGAUUUAGGGAUCGCCGUGUGUAAUGUGCCAGCUGCCUCGGUAGAGGAAACAGCAGAUUCUACCAUGUGCCACAUUCUGAACCUGUACAGGCGAACCACCUGGCUUCACCAGGCUUUGCGAGAAGGCACAAGAGUACAGAGCGUUGAACAGAUUCGGGAAGUGGCUUCUGGAGCUGCCAGGAUCAGAGGGGAGACCUUGGGCAUUAUUGGAUUAGGGCGUGUUGGGCAAGCAGUAGCAUUACGUGCCAAAGCCUUUGGCUUCAGUGUGAUUUUCUAUGACCCAUACCUCUCAGAUGGCAUGGAGCGUGCUCUAGGACUGCAGCGGGUGAGCACUUUGCAGGACCUGCUGUUCCACAGUGACUGUGUUACCCUGCACUGCAACUUGAAUGAACACAAUCAUCAUCUUAUUAAUGACUUCACCAUAAAGCAGAUGAGACAAGGGGCUUUCCUGGUCAACACAGCUCGAGGUGGGUUAGUAGACGAAAAAGCACUUGCACAGGCCCUGAAGGAAGGAAGGAUACGAGGGGCAGCCUUAGAUGUACAUGAGUCAGAACCAUUCAGCUUUAGUCAGGGCCCCUUGAAGGAUGCACCAAACCUGAUCUGUACCCCACAUGCAGCCUGGUAUAGUGAACAAGCCUCAAUUGAGAUGCGGGAGGAAGCAGCACGAGAGAUCCGAAGGGCGAUCACAGGUCGUAUUCCAGACAGUCUGAAAAACUGUGUUAACAAAGAUCAUUUGACUGCAGCUACACAUUGGGCCAGCAUGGAUCCCGGAGUUGUUCAUCCAGAGCUUAAUGGUGCUGCGUACAGCAGGUAUCCCCCAGGCGUUGUAAGCGUGGCUUCAACCGGCAUACCUGCAGCAGUAGAAGGAAUAGUCCCCAACCCUAUGUCUUUAUCACACGGCCUCCCUGCUGUAGCCCACCCGCCCCAUGCUCCUUCCCCUGGCCAAACUGUCAAACCAGAAGCUGAUAGAGACCACCCAAGCGACCAAUUGUAGCCUACGAAAACAGCAUUCCCAACAUCAGAGAUUUCAACUUCAGCGUGUGGAAAACAAACAAACAAAACAAAACCCUGGAUUUUGAUUAAAGGCAAAACCAUGAACUUACAGGAGGAGACGAUUAUUGCUUUAGAAACUGGUCCAAUAUACAGUAUAAAAGGAAAAGGUGGGAGACAAAAAGAAGAUUUGGAAACAUUUUUUCCUCCGUAUAAAUUGUAGUUUGUCCCUGUCCAGUGGACUGAUUCACUGUUUCUGUGUCCUAUGGGUUCUUUGUUAAGCAAGAGAAGUUAGUAGUUAAUUAUAUCAUGAAUGUACUUGUCUGUGUACAGUUUUUAGAACAUUAAAAAGGGUUUGUUUGCUUAGCUGUCAACAAGGAAAAACAUAAGGGAGGCAUUCAACAAACCAAUUUUGAGAUUAAAAAUACUUUCUUUUAUAUUUUAAAACAUGCCCAAAAAUGAGGCAGUUGGCAGACUUCUCAGGACAAUGAAUUUUUCCCAUUUUUCUUUCUACGCCACACAGUGCAUUGUUUUUUCUACCUGCUUGUCUUAUUUUUUAGAAUAAUUUAGGAAACAAAAGAAAAACAGUUCCUCCUAAUUUUGGCAUGAAUUCCCUUAUUUCAAAAUGAAGACAACCUUGCAAAGAGGUUUUGAGGAAAAAAAAAAGGUUUUGUAUAAACGAGCAUUGUGCUUUUUGUCACCAGUUAAAGUAUAUAUUAUUGGUGGUAUGCGAAAAAGGCACUAGACUACUGAAAAGUAGCAGCAUUUCAUUGCCUACAUUGAUUCCUUCCUGGUAAUGUGGUAGGCUAGCAAUAUUUUUGGUUAAAAUCAUGUUUGUGACUGUAACCAUUUGUAUGAAUUAUUUUAAAGAAAUAAAAAUCCCAGACAAAUAUCAUAUGUGUAAAAAUUUUUAUUUCUAGUAACUGUUUAUUCAACUUUUAUUAGGUUUCUUAGCUGUAAUUUUUAAACAGAUGCUGUCAAGUAUUUCAUUUCUAGCUUUACUUUGCUCUCUGUUGUUUGUAAUACUGUCUUGGAAGCUUGAAAAAUAAAAAAAAAUAAUUCUUUCCAUACCAUUUUUCCCUUUACAUUUCGUAAAUGUUGAUCUUUUUUCCUGUGUUUCUAAUGGAGUUUGAAAUUAAGAUGGAUUUUGAUUUGUACACCGGCAUCAUCAGCUACAGUAUGGUAACAGCAUUUAUGCCACCACUGUGGGCAGAGCAGAGGAGGUACAACAGCCACACAACAAUAAUAAUAAUAAUAAUAAUAAACGUCUU